AUGACUAUCCAAAUACCUACAGCUACCCUAAAUAACGGAAUUGAAAUCCCCCUUCUGGCUUUUGGUGCAGGCACCAUCUGGAACAAGCCCCGCGUCAAAAGACUCACUGGUAUUGAUCUUCCCGAAAUUAACCAAGCAACCGUGACCAUAGUUCUCGAAGCUCUUCGUUCUGGUCACAGACACAUUGAUACGGCCGAAGUUUACGAGACCGAGACCGAAGUUGGACUUGCAAUCGCCCAGUUUUUACAGGAAACACCAGGCAUUUCGCGCAAAGAUCUCUUUGUCACAACAAAGAUCUUCAAACAUGCAUCUGACCCUGCGGCUGCUCUCGACGCAUCGCUCAAAAGACUCGGACUCGAAUAUGUGGACUUGUACCUCAUCCACAAACCAGAACUCGAACGCUUUGGAACUUCUGUUAAUCAGGUCUGGCCCAAGCUUGAGGAGGCUUACCGCGCUGGUAAGACCCGUGCAAUUGGUGUGUCCAACUUUUCAACAGAGCAGCUCGACAACUUGGUAUCAUUUGCUCAAAUUAAACCAGCCGUCAAUCAGAUUGAACACCACCCAUAUUUCCAAGAACGUACCCCAGGGAUUGUAGAAUAUGCAAAAACCCACGGAAUUUUACUGGAAGCCUUUGGGCCUUUGGGUGCUAUCACUCUUCCAGAUUACGCAACGGCUCCUCUAACGCCAAUUUUGGACCGCCUUGCUGCCAAGUAUCACAAAACUCCGGCCCAAAUCUCGUUGCGAUGGACGGUCCAAAAUGGCAUUUUGCCUGUUACCACGACCUCUCGGCCCGAGCGUGUGGCUGGCCCGCUUCACAUCUUUGACUUUGAGUUAACUUCGGCAGAAGUAGCUGAGAUUUCGCAAGUCGGACAAUCCUUUGCGUACCGCAAGUUUGUGACACUUACCAAGGAGCUUGAGGAAGCACAGUACGGGAGUGGGAAAUAA